UAAAGAGAGAGAGAGAGAGGCAGAGAGCCUUUAGAAAGUUAAGCAAUGGAUCAAUUUCCAACAGUGACGUCGUCUUGCUUCGACGCUUCCUCUGACAAGACAGAUAAUGUCCGGUUUCCCUGUGAGAGAAAGGCGGUGGCGCGUGAGAUACAGCCGCCUCCAAUAUUGCCGUCGAACUUUACGUCGGUGCUGAAGCGAGAGUACACGAGUGAUGGUCGGCUUUUACUUAAGGAAGAGAAAGUGCGUUGUCACGAGUUUUUUCGAAUUCACAGAUCCAACGGUCGUCUCACUCUCCAGCUCGUCUCUCUUGAAGAUGAUGAGGAUCGUGAUUCAGAUGAAUGAUCAUCAGUAUCAUGUCGACAACGGAAGCAACGAUCUUGUUUCUUUCUUGGAAGUCAAUUUACGAAGUUUCAGCAUUUUUGACCAGUGUAAAUAAUCAUCAAUUGUGUCUAAAAUCUGACCAAGGGAAUAAUAGUUGUCUUAAAA